AUGUGUCGAUUCCUGAUCUAUAAAGGUCGAAAUGAGAUUCGUCUCAGCAAGUUGGUCACCGAGCCAAGCCAUUCGAUCCUCACUCAAUCCUACGAUUCUCGUCUGAGACUGGACAACCGCCGUCCUGUCAACGGAGACGGAUUUGGCGUAGGAUUCUACACAGAUCCCAAACUGGGACCAGAGCCAUGCAUUUUCACUUCAACAUUGCCCGCCUGGAACUGCGAUAAUCUAGAGCGACUCGCCGCAAAAACAUGCUCCAAUCUCGUUUUUGCGCACGUACGUGCAAGCACUGAAGGCGCACUUGCUGAGAAUAAUUGCCAUCCAUUCCAGCAUCACUCUCUGAUGUGGAUGCACAACGGUAGCAUCAGCGCAUGGAACUAUAUCAAGCGUUCCCUGGGAGAUUCUCUCACUGACAAAUGGUUUUUGAGCGUGAAGGGCGGCACGGACAGCGAAUGGUCUUUCGCCCUGUUUCUCGAUCUACUUGAAAAAGAAGGGGUGGAUCCCAGCUCCGAUCCUGGCCCGGAAGGAUUCGGACAGGCACUUCUACGCCGUGUGUUGAUGAAGACAAUUGCUAGGAUCAACGAGCUGGUUCGGAACCAGAACAUUACUGGAGUCGAAACUCGUUCUUUGUUGAACUUUGCUGUGACAGAUGGCCAUACCGUUGUUUGCACUCGGUACGUCAGCAGCAAAACGGACGAGCCUGCUAGUUUGUACUUCUCUUCUGGCACGAAAUGGAAGGAGGGUGAAACUCCAGGACACUUCAAGAUGGAGCGACACGAUAAGGGCGCUGAUAUUGUCCUCGUGGCCAGUGAACCUAUCACCUUUGAACGACACAACUGGGUGUCUGUCCCAACCAACUCCGUUGUCACCAUUCACAAUCAGACGGUGAUGCUUCACCCCAUUCUCGAUGAAUUCUAUGGCGAGAAUCUUAAUCAUGACCGCUCUUCCUGCUUUGCUGUAUCCAAGGGUCUUGUCAGCACAGCCCCCGGGACCACUGUUCCACCGGCGGAUUCUAAGGACCCUUGCGCUCCUGCAGUAGCUAGAAAUCUCACAGAGAAGCCUGCAGUCCAGCCAUGCCACUAA